AUGACGGGCUCUUUGGACACCGGCCCACCGCCGGGACUAGGGAACCGUUCCAGAGCCAAAAUGACCUGGCUUGCUAGACACUUACUCACAACCGUUUUUCUCCUCGGAUUUUUGACAUCAGCUGAAAGCGAGCGCUUAUCCUCAGUGCCAUACUACCGCGUCGACCUACACCUGCGACAAAGAGACGAUGCGGUGGUUUUACAUUGUCCGGCAUAUCAUGCUCGUGCGGGUGAUAUUGUCGUUUACGAGGAAGCAACAGGAGGCGAAAUUAUGAGAGCGGAAGUGCAGAAGAAUGCGGCUGUUCGACGAUUGAAACUACUGGCCAGCUCACUGUAUGCGGUAAACGCCACGCACCGGCGCUUCUGUCGUCUGCAGAGAGUCGAAUCGGGUACUCAAGAUCUGCGAACUGUCUCUCUGACAGAGUUUAUUAUUCACCGCACAGGACCGGAUGCUGAUUUGAGUGCGGCCUUCGAGUUCUUCAACUACAAUCCGAAAGAGACACGUACCAUUCCCGUCAAGGAGGGUGACCCCGUUCUCCUCUCCUGUCCACAAAAGUCACCGAAGGGAAAGCAACACGAGCGGAAAGCGCUUUGGUUCCGAGCGGCUGGAGAGCAACCGAUUUCUUCUACAAAGAAUAAUCAACUGUAUCUUGCCUCUGUGGGGCCUGAAGAUGUCGGCGUCUACUACUGUGCUUGGCAAGAGAGUACACAGCGUUCAAGCCCUUUUCUGACUGUUACAAAAUUUAUUCUAGGAACGGAAGCAGGUGCCGUGCUACCACCAACUCCCACCGAAACUACCACAGUUGGUGACCACUCGAUACGAUUUACCUGCCAGCAAACUGUUCAACCAUCUGAUACAAUCGUGUGGGAGAAGCCAGGUGGAAUCGUGUUCCUAAACCAUGCUGGAGACAAUAGUAUCACUCAGAAACCCACAGAA